AUGAACGGAGACGCACGCAGUGGUAGCGGUAUGCUACUUGGCGAUUCGCCGGACGAUUCUGACAACGACAUGAAUUUUGAUAGUGAGAGAGGAGAUCCAACGAUGCAUUCCACAGCAGAUGUGCUUUCCUACUACUCUAGAAAAGAUUCUCGAGAUAGAGACGGUUGUAGCAGUCGCAAUGCCGGCGUGGCCUUUAUCGUCAUGUCCGUGCUGGGGCUUCUAUUCGGUUUUAUUAUUAUCUCACGCAACGCGCUGCACGGCGAGGCUGGCGUAUUGGAGUCCGAAGAUCGAGAGAAUCUGACCCAUCUGCUGCCGAAUGCGAGUAUAGACGAUUCCAAGGUGUUCACCUCCAUAGUCACUAGCACGGUUCUGGUGACGGCCACCACAGAAAUCACCGAAACAGUAUGA